AUGCGCGAACUCCUAACCCAUCUUUGUCAUGAGUACAGAAACAAAUGUUUGGCUCCUCUAAUACCUGCGCUCCACCGCGACCAGGGACCUGCCGGUGAGUGCAUCGGUACCAGGCGAGCCGAGUCGGCCGGAGCUGAGUCGGCCGAAGUCGAGCCCGGCGAAACAACGGACCAAACAGCGGACCAAACAGCGGACGGGAAUGGGAACGGGGAACCUCCAAGUCGGCGGCGAGACGAAGUACCGGGUGCCGGGGAGCCGAGUCGCGGCACCGUGGAUGGAGUGGAAGUGCUGCGCAUAGUGAGCCAAUGGCAAUGCAUUUACUCGAAGUUGGUGCCCAUUGAAUGUUUGGCUCCGGAUACUGGGACAGCGGACCCGGGUUCGAGUCCAGGCACGGACAUGGGAACCCGGAAGCGGCGGCAGCCGGAGGGCAGUGCGGUCGACAUUAAGGAGGCCGUGGACGAGUCUGUGUGUCAGUUGUUAGCUGCGUUGCGAUCGACAGCGCAUUUGAGGGUCUCGUGGUUCGAGACGCGGCACGUACUGUCGCUAGCCCUCAUUUUACGCCUCUCCGAACGCUUCAUGGAGCACCUGCGCUGCGCCUACGUUCUGCUGGAGGGCUGCACUACGACACCGCACCCGGUAUGGACCACGCCGGUGUCCGCCGUGAAACGUCAAGCUUGCGAAACGGACGGCAGGAAUCGAACUACCGACUGGCGGGAUCGAACUGCCGAGCCGAAGUCGAAACUGGACGAGUCGAAACCCGACGGGGCAACUGCUGGGGGUCGUGGGUCCUUGCCCUCAGGAUCGGAUCAGGGGUCGGAGGUGGAGUCGGAGCCAAGGUCAGAGCCGGGAUUUGAACCCGGGUCUGAGCGGUGGCAAAACUAUGCGGAUAUAGCGGUGGUCGACAAAAGCGUAGAGGAGCCGGAAGGGGGACAGCACCCACAACCGACAGCUCAGCCCAGGCCGGCUGUACCCAGGUUGCCUGUCCCGGGCGCCCUGGCCUUUCGCCGGCUGUCGGGUACGGGUGCGCGGCCGGAGGCGGAGGUGGAAGUCUUCGAGUCCGACGUACUCGGAUUCUUCCUUCAGCGCCGGCUGCUAGUCACAGCCCUUCGUCAGCGGUCCUACCCACCGUUCACGAUCGUGCGUGUGUGUGAAUUGCUCAGCACACACGACCGUUCAUGGUCAAACAACUUUUGGAAGUGGUGUCUAGCACUACGCAAAAACAUUGCAGACGCGGCCAGCAGCUACGGCCAAACCGACCAUGAUGUGGAACUCCUCUCCGCAGAAACAAAACGUCACAUCACUCACGCCUACCUCAUUGACACACCUCCACUCAUGAAAAGGUACUUUGCCAUUUAG